AUGUCGUCUGCUACUGAAAAACGAGAGAUCGACGUCAUAGUUGAGAUGAUGGAAAUAUACAUCAAUUCAAUCUUGUACAAGCGCAAGCUCUAUCCGGAGGCAAUAUUUCGUAUCCGCAAGGCGUACAACAUACCCGUGUACAUUUCAAUCUACACAGCUCUGAACGAUUACAUCGCACAGACAUUGAAAGCCGCGCGGGAGUUGAUACGAAAUGGCAAAAUGCGUCGUCUAGAGGUUAUCAUUUUUAAGGAGCAAGAAAAUCCAAUGGAAAGCUACGUGUUCGAUCUGAAUUACGGAACGUUUGUAUCGGAAAACGAUGAAAAUAUGAGCGCUUUCGAAGAGGAGCUUCGUAAAUCGUUGCUCUCGUUAGACGCGCGAAUGAAGGACUUAAAAAGUGUGUCGCAAAUUGCGGACAUCAAGUUUAAAAUAAUGCUGCAUACAACGAAACUAGCGUAUGUAAAGAUAGGAAACGAUCCCCGUUUGCAGAGUUUCCCAUUUGUUCAGGAGGUGGCAGUUCAUGAAGUGGAUGAAAAAUGCAAAAUUGAGCUUCUGCCGGUAUUACAAACUUCACGUGUUGGUAUUAAUGUGUUCGUUGAGGAGUACAGUGCUACAUAA